AUGGCAUCAUCACCGCCGUCGAGAUCACUACCGAUAUCUAGCUCGCCGUUCGAUGCCGCCGGGAUCGGCGGGCACAGUUACAUAAUACACACCGUUAGCAAAUACGACACUCUCGCCGGCGUCGCCAUAAAAUACGGUGUCGAGGUGGCAGAUAUUAAGAGGUUAAAUGGAUUGGUGACUGAUAUCCAAAUGUUUGCGUUGAAGACCCUUAAAAUACCAUUGCCAGGGAAGCACCCCAUGUCCCCCACCUUGUGCAAUGGCCAAGAGACUCAAUGGCCAAGCAGCUCCGAGCAGGACCCAUCCAGCAGUCGACAAUCUGAUUUAUUUGAUUCGUUUCAGUCUUUAAAAUUAAGUUCUUCAGAGCAUCAUAAUGUCUCACCAGCCAUGAACAGCUUACGAGGUUAUUAUGGUCUCAGACAACCAGAUGAAAAGGCUUCCUCCGAAGGUUUGGAGCGGAAUGGAAGAGCUAACUAUCUUAAGGAUGGGUCAUUUUACACACAUUCAAAACAUCCAUUGAGUCAUCAAAGAAAAUCGAGAAGUGUUGCUAAUAAUUUAAUGUAUGCAAAUGGUGGGCUGCAUAAUCCACUCUUGUCACCAGAAUCUGAAGAUAAUGGCACUAACAAAUGGAUUGAGAAGCUUUUAGGGAGGCGGCAAAAGUCUGAAACAGAACUAUCAUCUUGUCCCCCAGAAAAGCUUCUUAAGGAGGAAAGCAGCAGUAGCAGUGGUAUUUCAAGCGAAGGCUUGGCUCUCAGGUCCAAGGCAGCCACCAGAGCUUUUUCAGGCGAAGUAGAUGCUGACUCGGGUCGGCUGAACCCAAUUUCUUUAAAUUUGGGGGAAUCACCUCAAACUGACUCUGUCACUGUAGUACGGAAGUCAUCAAGUACAUCGAGUUUGAUGGAUACAGAUAUUAGUGCAUUAUCAUCUCUAUGGGCAACGUCUACGUGGAGUUUGAAGCCAGAUUUCCAGGCUCUCUCUUCUGCUGCGUUGCCUAUCUUUGAUGGUCUGCCUAAGCCAAUGAGCCGGAAAAACAAAGCUGCGCUCGAUUAG